UUCGUGAGUAGAAGCAACCUGCUCUAGUGACACCAGAACCUCUAUCAGCAGAAGGGUGUUCAGGGAAGAACCAGGAUGACUUCAUAAAAAAUCAACUGGUUGAGAUAAUUGCUCCGGUUCUCGCACAGCCACGACCAUGGCACCACGAUCGAAAUCCAGCAUAGACUGGUCAAUAUACCUGGUAACAGAUUCCACUGCGGCCAUCCUUGGUGACAGAGACAUCGUUCAGGUAGUCGAGCAGGCCAUUCAGGGAGGCGUCACUGUCGUCCAAUAUCGAGACAAACAUGCCGACACCGGGUCCAUGAUCAAGAUCGCCAGCCAAAUCCAUGCCAUCACUCAAAAACAUCAAGUGCCUCUUCUGAUCAAUGAUCGACUCGAUGUUUGUCAAGCCGUAGGUGCCGAAGGCGUCCAUAUUGGUCAAGACGACAUGGAUUGCCUUUCAGCCAGGAAGGUCCUCGGCCCCGACGCCAUUAUAGGAGUUACAGCCUCGUCAAUACAGGAGGCACAGAAAGCCAUCAAAGACGGUGCAGACUACCUAGGGAUCGGGACGACGUUCGCCACUCCAACAAAGACAGACACGAAAUCCAUCAUCGGCACCCAAGGUCUCCAAGGGAUCCUGGCUGCUUGUGACACAGGCACAGAGAAGUCUAUACCAUGUGUCGCAAUCGGCAGCAUCAAUGCGAGCAACAUUCAAAGAGUGUUGCACCAGUCUGCUCAUGGCUCCAACCGUCUCAACGGUGUAGCUGCGGUCAGCGCCAUCAUGGCUGCUACAGACCCCAAAGCCGCGGCUAAAGCUCUCUGUGAUCUGUUCAAGACGGCUACGGAGACGUACUAUACCGCCGUACCGCCCAGCAAGACACCAGUGAUGGACGUCCAAGGCUUGCUAUCCCAAAUGCCUGCAAUCAUCAAAACACACGUCUCCUCAUCAGUGCUCUGUCACAAUAUGACCAACACCGUCGUCCAGAACUUCGUGGCCAAUGUCUGUCUAGCCACUGGCGCAUCACCCAUCAUGUCCGAGAUUGGCGCCGAAGCCCCCGACCUGGCCAAACUCGGGGGAGCUCUCGUCAUCAACAUGGGCACCGCAACGGCCGAGAAGGUCAACAGCUUCAUCGCAGGAAUGCGGGCGUACAAUGCCGUCGGUGCUCCUGUGCUUUUGGAUCCUGUCGGUGGCGGAGCAACGGCGCAUCGGCGCGAGACCGUUAAGAAAUUGCUCGCUUCCGGUUUCUUCAGCGUCAUCAAGGGCAACGAAAGGGAAAUCGGUGCUGUGAUGGGCACCUCGACGGCUCAGCAACGGGGUGUGGAUUCGGGCCCAUCUGCCUUGACGGCCGAUGAGAAGACGAAGAUGGUCAAGAGCCUUGCCCAGCGCGAACACUGCGUUGUCCUUAUGACUGGCGAAACUGACUACCUAUCUGAUGGAGUCCGUACAGUGGCAAUCAGGAACGGCUCAUCUUUUCUAGGUAAGAUCACGGGCUCGGGUUGUGCUCUGGGUGCCAUCAUAGCCAGUUACAUCGCAGUACACCGCGAAGAUAAGUUCCUGGCAGCCUUGACAGGGAUCCUGCACUACGAGCUUGCUGCGGAGAGCGCACAAAGAAGAGAAGAUUGCAAAGGUCCAGGCACUUUCAUUCCAGCACUGCUGGACGAACUGAUGGCGUUUGGAAAUCUGGCGGUUAGUGACUCGCUGGCUACGUCAGACGGUGGGCUUGAAAAGCUUGCGAAAGUCGAAUUUAUUACAGCGGAAUGACUGCGUGAACGCCAUUGAAGUACAACAAACAAAGAUAUCCGCUGUCGCAGCAAAGCAAUAUUGAGUCCAAGGGAACAAUAUUGACGUCCUCCAGCCAUGACUCCAAGCAACUUUUCCUCUACUCUGCUGCGCCUAACAUAGAUCUGUGGUAAAUACUCCCAUCAUCCCAAACAGUCACACUUCCCCUCCGCGCAAGGCCUGAUAUCAUUCUCAAUAUCCAGCCUCAACCACCACUUCACCUCGAUCCCAUCUUUCACCUCCUCCACACCCCUGGUCGCCGUAGCUACCAGGAAGUCCUCGUCAUACGCCACAAUUUCAAUGUCCACGUCCUCGACCUGCUUGCCCCGAAACAAAGUCGUCACCCCCCGUUCCGCUUUCUCGGACGGCGUCCACUUUUCCAC